GCGCGCUUUUAUUACUUCCACUUCCCACUUUCUCUCUUCUUCUGCCUCCUUCUGUCGUCCGUGUCCUGAUAGAUUGAGGAUACAUUUUCUGCAAUCCUUAACAAUGAACGCCCAAUUUUUCUUCAUUUUUUCCUCCUGUUCGUUCUUUUUUCCCCAUUUGUCGGGAGGCUCCUGCUCUGAGGCAGAACACAGGUUGUUCUCAGUGAUAUUCUCCAGCUACAAUCAGUACAUCCGUCCAGUGGAGAAUGUGUCUGAACCAGUUAUCGUGCAGUUUGAGGUGUCCAUGUCCCAGCUGGUCAAAGUGGAUGAAGUUAACCAGAUUAUGGAGACAAACCUGUGGCUGAGACAUAUCUGGAAUGACUACAAACUGAGGUGGGAUCCCAAAAACUUUGGAGGAGUGGAGUUCAUUCGAGUGCCUUCUAGCAGGAUAUGGAAGCCAGAUAUCGUGCUGUACAAUAAUGCAGUGGGAGAUUUCCAGGUGGACGAUAAGACCAAGGCCCUGCUUCGCUACAAUGGGGAUGUGACCUGGAUCCCUCCGGCCAUCUUCAAGAGCUCCUGCAAGAUUGACGUUACCUACUUCCCCUUCGACUACCAGAACUGCACCAUGAAGUUUGGCUCUUGGACGUAUGACAAGGCCAAGAUAGACCUGGUUCUGAUUGGCUCCACCAUCAACCUCCAUGACUUCUGGGAGAGUGGCGAGUGGACGAUUAUCAACGCCCCGGGUUACAAACACGACAUCAAGUACAACUGCUGUGAGGAGAUCUACACAGACAUCACCUACUCCCUGUACAUCAGACGGCUGCCUCUCUUCUACACCAUCAACAUGAUCAUCCCCUGUCUGCUCAUCUCCUUUCUCACUGUGCUGGUCUUCUACCUGCCUUCUGACUGUGGGGAGAAGAUCACCCUCUGUAUCUCCGUCCUCCUCUCCCUCACUGUGUUCCUCCUGGUCAUCACCGAAACCAUCCCGUCUACGUCUCUGGUCAUCCCCCUCAUCGGGGAGUACCUCCUCUUCACCAUGAUCUUCGUCACCCUCUCCAUUGUCAUCACCGUGUUCGUGCUGAACGUGCACUACCGCACGCCCAAGACCCACACCAUGCCGUGCUGGGUGCGCAGUGUCUUCCUGGGGCUUCUACCCAGGGUCAUGUUCAUGACCCGGCCGGAGAGGAACCCUGAGAGGCUGCCUGGGGGGAUGGUUCAGCAGCUGAUGCCCCCAGCCUCGCGGCCCUGUGUGGUCUACACCACAGGAACCAUGCAGGGGCAGCAGAAGCCCCAGGCCCUGGUCUCCACCGUGGCUGCCAGUGUGCUCCCAAGUCUGGCCCAGCGACAGCGCCUCUUCAUCAGCACGGAGCUCACCAACCUCAAUAACCUUAGCCUUGGUGGGGGUGGUGGUGGUGACUCGGUUAAUGCAGGCUCCAGCUUCCUGUGUCGUGAGGGACGCUGCAACUGCUGCUGGCGCCAGAGGUCCACCAAGCUGCCCACUGAGACGGGAGGAGGGGGUGGAGGGGUGGGGAGCAUCGGGACCCACAGUGGAGGAGGGUCUGCUGGGAUUGGGGGGGUUUGUGGAGGCGGUGGAAGCUCCUGCUCCAGCUCAGAGUCUCUGAAUGGCAGGCUGAGGACUCUGUCCCCUCACUUCUCACCGGAGGUCAGGGAGGCCAUGGAAAGUGUCAAGUAUAUCGCCGAAAACAUGAGAAUACAGAACGAAGCCAAGGAGGUCCAGGAUGACUGGAAGUACGUUGCCAUGGUGAUCGACAGGAUAUUCCUGUGGGUGUUCAUCUUGGUGUGUAUCCUGGGGACCGCUGGGCUCUUUAUCCAGCCCCUCCUAUUGUUCAAUAUGUGACCCACUCAUACACACAGCAAUUACACAGUGACUGAGUGUUUUAAAUCAUACAUGCACAGUCAUUUUGUGUAUCACCCAGUGAACCAAUAGUGUGAACGGAAGGGAACCAGAUUAUGGAGGAAGGCAAGCUGCUGCCAGCUGUUCCAUGUCACUUCUCAGUAUGUAGAUACGUUUCUUAUUUCUAAAGUGUGGUGUAGUAGUGAUCACUUAGCUCCUGAGGACCAGACUCUGAAACCAUGGCAAUGUAUAACUCCCGUACUGCUGCCUACCCAUUCCCUUUUUGUUUGCUUUGUGUAAAUGACUUCAUCAUAGUGUCACUUAAUUAUGACUGGCACAAAGAACCACACUAUCGUCAACAAAAGGACCGUGGCUAAAGGAACAUCUAUUGGACCAAAGGAUCCCAAACAUGUACAUAGCAAUGACUGCUUUAAGGGGGCUUUCCAAAAGUACACAACAAGUAUCUCAAGUCAAUUUCACAGCUUAUUGAAGUCAUAUCAUGUUUUCAAAUGUUGAAUAUCACCGAGUCAUUUUGAUAUUGUUUAUUUGUGAAAUAUUAAUGUAUUUCUAAAAACGCAUGUUGUAUGUUCUUAUUUACUACAACUAUACAGCACCAUUUCAAUCUGAUUCUAAUGCUCAUUAAGGUUUCAAUGAACCACGGUGUCAUAUAAUAUACAGAUAAGCUAUUCAUAGAAAUCACAAACUGUUGAACAUUAAAAGGCUAUGAUGCA